AUGGCUCUUUUGAAAUCUGCCGCUGCUAAACUGCCAGAAAUCUCUUUGUCGAUCCAGUUACUUCUAUUCCUCACCAUAUUGCUCUUCUCUAUAUUGGUCACCGUGAUCCGAAGAGUCUUUUUCCAUCCUCUGUCAGGUUAUCCCGGACCUUGGCUCGCGGCCGUUACUUGUUGGUACCCAGCGUUCUAUGCAUGGAAAGGAACCCUCCACACUUACAACAGACGAUGCCACGAUCGAUAUGGGCCGGUCUUUCGCUCUAGUGUAAACGAAUUGUCUUUCGAAACUCUCAAGGGCUUGGAUGACAUCUACACAGGAAGCCACGAGGUGAUAGGCAAGCCCGACCGUUGGCAAUGCUUCAGUGUCGAUCCCCGUGAGCCUACGAUUCUGAGCACAGUCAACAACGAGCAACAUCGAUUCAAACACCAAAUCAUAUCGAAAAUCUUUGCAUCGGGUAUGACAAGUCGCAACGAGGCCCGUAUGAGACCUCACAUCGAUCGCUUUCUUGACCAGCUUGGCGUGGGCGACUACGACGUGCAGGACCUAUGUGACUGGCUUUCGCUGGACAUCAUCAGCGACCUCCUCUAUGGCGAGUCUCUCAGCUUGCUGUGUUCUGCGGAAUAUCGUUGGGUCGGACCCGCCUACAGGCACAUGUCCCGGUGGAUCAUGACUGUCAGUAUUCUCGGACAUACCCCUGUUGGCUUGGUUUAA